CCCGCCGCGCCGCGCCGCGCCGCGCCCGGACGGCUGCGCGCCAUGAGCGAGGCGGCGGUGGCGGACACGCGGCGCCUCAACUCGAAGCCGCAGGACCUGACCGACGCCUACGGGCCGCCCAGCAACUUCCUGGAGAUCGACAUCUUCAACCCGCAGACCGUGGGCGUCGGGCGCGCCCGCUACACGAGCUACGAGCUCCGCAUGCGAACAAACCUGCCCAUCUUCAAACUGAAAGAGUCCUGCGUUAGGCGGCGAUAUAGUGACUUUGAAUGGCUGAAAAAUGAGCUGGAGCGUGACAGUAAGAUUGUAGUGCCUCCGCUGCCUGGCAAAGCACUGAAACGCCAGCUCCCUUUCCGAGGAGAUGAGGGCAUCUUUGAGGAGUCCUUCAUAGAAGAAAGAAGACAGGGCUUAGAACAGUUCAUAAACAAAAUCGCUGGACACCCGCUGGCACAGAAUGAACGCUGCUUGCACAUGUUCCUGCAAGAGGAGACCAUCGAUAGGAAUUACGUCCCAGGGAAGGUCCGCCAGUAGGGGAGUCCGGUAUCCUCCAUUUUCUCUCUCCUUGCAAAAAUGACAUUUAUUUUUACACUGUCUCUUCUGAACCAGCUUUCUCUCUCUGAACUUCCCCACGUGCCCAGUGUCACCCACCACGCUGUCCCAUCCCUUUUCCUUGUCAGGCAGCAGUGUUGAGUUCUGUUGGUCUUUGGUCUCUGCAAAAAGAAAAAGAAAACAAGUGAGAACCUGUAAUAGCUGCACCUGUUGGUGGAUGCCUAAAGCUUGAUAGGAACUAGUGUACGAUUGUCGUUUGUAUCAGAGCUGCCUCUUUCACACCUCAGUGCAAGGAUGCGGGGCACCUGUACAGGUACACCUAGGGAGAAUGUGGUCCUCACACUCUCGAGCAGUUGUGGAGGCAUGCUUCUGUGUCCUUUGCCUGGGAAUGAUCAAAGCCAUGACUGGAAUGCGGCAAGUCUCUCCCUUCUUCGCUGAAAGGCCACUCUAGACCAAAAAUGGCUUGCAAGCGCCCUUUAUUUAGUAGUAAGGUUCUUCUGAGGGAGUUCAUACAAGAGGCCGUCAUGCACGAACCCAGACACCCACUGGAAUGUUUUGGGAUUUUAGCUGCUAAUCCUAUCUUGAGACUCUAGCCUUGGAAAAGGUGGAGGCAGAUCAGACGUCCUGCCUGAGGCAUGAAGCGCCUUUGAGAGCUGUUAGGAAGCAGGAAAGCUCUCCAAGCUCUUGUGCUUUCUUAAGCAGAGUCUUGUGGAGGCCUGGGCCAGGGGCACCUCUUGGCUGUAGAAGCUACAAAGGCGUGCUUCCAAUGAAAAGGAUCCUAUCCUACCUUUUGUCUUCACAUCAGCAUCCAUCUGGGCUUACAGUGAAAAGCUCUCUACCGUUCAUUUAAUAUUUAAUCUGGUGGGAGGUCUUUUCCAUGGCCAUGGGUGCUUCUCGGCCAUCUAACAAGCCUCUUUCACGCAUUUAAACAAGACCCCUCCUUAAUCCCCCAAACUGCCCUGCAGUGCAUAUUGGGGUGGGGGCAUUAGCAUCAACCCAGGUGGUAAAGUGGGUUGACUUAAAAAGUGACUUACAGUUGCCUCUUUGUGCAUCUUCCACUACUUGGGGUGGGUGGUAGAGUGUAAUGGAGGUGAGAAAGGGCAGGUAGGCAGAACCCUGUAUAUGGCAGGGUGGGCCUGCAGGAUGGUAAUAGACAGACUGCACCCCUCCAUGGGACCACUUGAUGGCAACAAGCUCACUCUUCUUGGCUUCCAAAGCAAUGGCUACAGAGAAGCGGCCUCUGUGGAGACGAUUCUCAUCUGCCACGGGAAAAGUGCUAACAUGCCUGUUUGUAGCAGCCUCAGUUGCCGCCUGGCAAAUCUGCAUUAGCAGUGGGUUUUCAAACUCCUUCCUUCAUUGGUGCACAAGUCUGAAGAUCAAAAGGCUCUUGCUGCUGUACAUAUAUAUAUUCUGAUGUGGGGCUUAAUACUUCAGCAAGCUAUGUCUUCGGUUGACUGUCUAAUGUAAUGUCCGAGACUUGUUCAUAUUAAACCACUGUGAAGCCA